AUGGAUCUCGGGGACUCUGAAGGCGGCUUCGAUGCCGGCACCCCAGGGCAGCCGCCGAAGCCGAGGACCCUCCCAGACGAUCUCCCGCGCUCCCUCGACGACAGGCGACGUGUGCCAACCGAGCUGAUGCCCGAGGCGGAGAUGUACGACGGAUGGCAGGGGCAAUCGCAGUUCUUGACGUCGCCCAUAGUCGCGAAGCCCAUGACCUUCAGCGACUUGACGCUCGAAGACAACUACGGCGACGACCUCACCAAGGGCGGCCCGGAAAGCGAGUCGCGCCUGAUGGAGAUGCUCGCCGCUCAGGCCGCUCAUGCGGCGAGCGCCGCCUUCGAAGACGAGGACGCCAUUGCCGCGGAUGACAAGAGGUCCGAGGACGAGAAGAAGGACAUUCUGCAAAAGACGUUCAUCAUGGCGGCAAGCAACGGCAAUCUCGAGUCGGUCACCAAGAUCCUCGAGGGGAAGGCGAGGAAAUACGUCGACAUCGACGCGCCCGACGAUGAGGGGACUCCCGCCCUCAUCUACGCAAGCUGUUUUGGCCACGAAUCGGUCGUCCAGGCCCUCAUUGACGCCGGCGUGGACGUCAACAAGCAGGACCGCAACCAGUGGAGCGCCCUCAUGUGGGCCAUGACCAACCGACACAAGGGCAUCGCGAAGCUACUGCUAGACAACGGUGCUUCCACCGAAGCGAAGACCUCGACGGGGAGGACGGCGUUCGACUUCGUCGCCCCCGACAGCGACAUGUCCUUCUAUCUCAGCGGCUACGGCAUCGGGACCGCCGGGACGACCGAUGACUUCUACAACCCUGGCUUCGACCAGGACAAGCUGGAAGAGGAGCUGGCCGAGAACGAGAUGCGCCGGCGCAUGAUGAUGGAGAGUGCCCGCGACCUAGAAGUGGACCUGGGGAACGUGGGCAUAGACGACCAGCCCGAGUCGCUCGAUGAUUUCGAGGAAGAACAGCAAGAGUUCGACUGGUCCAGGUGUCUCCACGACCAGAUGUUCGUCUUCCAGGAGAAUGAGCUUGAGCGCAUCCUGGAUAUCGUCAUCACCAACAUGACUCCGCAGCGGUCGCCAUCCCAGAAGCCGGUGCCCGCAAACAUGAUCUUCUUGGCGGCGCGGUACGCCCACUAUCACUCCAGCCCCGAGCUACUGGCUAAGCUGCUCAUCACGGCCUUGAACAAGAUCAACGCCGUGGUCGAGAAGCACCAAUGGGAUAUGACCAUCUUGGCGUUCUGGAUGUCAAACGCAACACUUCUCCUGCACUACCUGAAGAAAGACGCCGGUCUUGUCGAGGCAACCACCGAAUUUCAGGCGCAGCUCGCCGAGCUGAUCAACGAGAUAUUCAUACUCAUCGUCCGGGACGCCGAGCGCCGGCUCGACAAGGUCCUCGACGUGGCCAUGCUGGACCACGAAACGAUACCCGGUUUUGAAGACAUCACGUUCCAAAACGAAUGGAAGAUCUUCAAGCGGAGGAAGGAGGUCAAGGAGGAGCCGCUCGAGAAGCGGCUCCGGCCACCAUCACCCAAGCGGAGAGCCAAGCCUUCCCCGCGCAACGUGACCUCGCUCCUCUCGUCCACUCUCUUCGUCCUCGACCUCUACGACGUCCACUCGGUCAUCACGGCCCAGGUCAUCUCCCAACUCAUCUACUGGCUCGGUGCGGAGCUCUUCAACCGCAUCAUGUCGAACAGGAAAUACCUGGCCCGCACAAAAGCGAUGCAGAUCCGCAUGAACGUAUCAACCCUGGAGGACUGGGCGCGCCAAAACAACCGCCAGCCAGAACACUACGAGAAGGGCGAGAUGAAGUCGUCGGGCGAGACCACCGUCGAAGCCGCUCGCCGCCACCUGGCUCCCGUCAUUCAAUUACUCCAGUGGCUGCAGUGCUUCUCGUCCCUCGACGCCGACGACCUCGAGGCCCUCGUCGCCACGCUGCAGCAGCUGAAAGCCCUCAGCCCGCAGCAGCUCAUCCACGCCGCCACGCACUACCGGCCCGAGGUGGGCGAGAAGGGCCUGCCGAAGAGCGCCAUGAAGUACCUCGUCUCCAUCCAGAAAGAGGCCGCCCUGAGGCGCGAGAGGAACCGCGCUGCCGCGGCCGCGGCCGCCUCGCCGCCGGGGACCCCGGGGAGGAAAGAAGGCGGGAAAACGUCCAACGGGGCAGCAGCCGGCGGGACCUCGAGACCGGAUACGGCGGGAGGAGGAGAAGGCGACGCUGGCGGCCGCGCCAGAGACGACGAGGAGGACGAGGCGCCCCCCAAUCUACUCCUCGAUCCGGCGCUCAUGCUGCCCUUCACCCUGCCGAGCUCCACAGACAUGCUGGUGAGCUACGGCGCUGGGUUCGGCGGGCUCAACCGCGAGCGGGAGAGAAAGUAUAUCCCGACUAUCCCGCCUGAAUUCCUGGAGAAGCUCGAGAGCAGCGGCACGGGAAGUAGUAGUGGACGAGGGGCGUUGUAUGGACAGGCGAAUUGGGAUGAUGAGGAUGACUAG